UUUCAGGGUCGCUUAGUUCCACUUUUCGAAGCUGGAGCCCUUUCGGAGGAAACUCACAGGCAAAAUGGCAACCUUCACAGAACGGCUUCUGAUUCUGGUGCUUGAAUUUACCUGGUUAUCAUGUUGUGCUGGUACUGAUCGUUGUGAUGUGACUGUAACACAACCUCAAUUCAUGGAGGCUUAUAAUGAAUCCAGCAACAUUACUAUAUCAUGCACAUUUACUGCUCAGUCUUGCCCCACAUCUUCUCUUAACAUUCUAUGGUUUCGGUAUCUUGCACAGACCCAUGAGGAUCUGUGUACCCCUAUGUGCAACAACAGCAGCAAGUUCAAAGUUCUUCAGCCAGCAAAAGAUCAGACGUCCCUUCAAAUCAACAACCCCGGUGUGGAAGACAGUGCAAUUUAUUAUUGUGGGAUAGCAUUUUCACAUUCCAGUACUACUACCUCCAAGAAAACAGGGGCAGGAACAUUGUUAGUGAUCAGAGUUAUUAAAGAGGAUAAGAUAUACUAUAGCCAAGGAAUUAACAUCAUGGUGGCCGUCUCAUUGUUGCUGUUCUUAUACCUCACUGCCAUUUUGGGAAUUUCAAAGUUCUUCUCCAAGCCAAAACUCAAGAGGUCAGAGAAAGAAGACCUGAGAGGGAUGCACAAUGUUUGUGCUAAAGGGAGCAAAGAAGCCAUCUGUCAAGCAAUCGCAAAGGAGCUCUACAAAAAGAAGCACAAAAGAAAGUUUUGGCCUGGGAGUUUGGCUAACAGGCGUGCAAGAGAUGAACCAUCCUAGUUACUCCUUUUUAUAGCAGAGUUCACACAGCUGAGGAUGUGAUUCAAAUGCUGAACAUUUGGAAGAAAAAUCUGUUUAAAAACCGCUACUGGCCAGGAUAGUAUUUCACACAGAGACUGUAUCCUAUCUAUAAAAUUAAAUAGUAACACAACAUUUAUCUGUUGGUCAGGAAUUACCAGAACCAAGAGGCUUCAUAGCUGUACACAGCUGCCUGGUGUGUAAGAGAAAAGACUAAACUAUCAGACUUCUCCAGCUUAGUGCCUUCCAGAUUUUUGUGGACUAUUGCCCCAGCUAAUAUGGGGAAUCAAAAUAUAGUCCAAAAUAUUUGGAGAGUGGCUGGGAAGGCACUGCCAUAGUUACAAAAGGUCUUACAUUCUGGAGUAACAUGUUUAACAACUGACCAAUAAAGGCUUUUAUUCAGGCUUUCAGAAGCUUGACUUGGGAACAACA